CUAACCAACGAGUAUAAUUCAUCAAAACACCUUACAUUCACAGCUCAAACACCAAAUCUCUCUCAUUUUGCUUAAUCUGUGAUCUGAUGGCGCCGAAGACAGAGAAGAAGCCAGCGGAGAAGAAGCCGGCGGCAGAGAAGGCACCGGCGGAGAAGAAGCCUCGUGCGGAGAAGAAGAUCCCUAAGGAAGGCGGUGCUGACAAGAAGAGGAAGAAGGCGAAGAAGAGCGUUGAAACUUACAAGAUCUACAUAUUCAAGGUGUUGAAGCAGGUUCACCCUGACAUCGGGAUUUCGAGCAAGGCCAUGGGGAUUAUGAACAGCUUCAUCAAUGACAUCUUCGAGAAGCUCGCUCAAGAAGCUUCUAGACUCGCCCGCUACAACAAGAAGCCUACCAUUACUUCACGGGAGAUUCAAACCGCCGUCAGAUUAGUACUCCCCGGCGAGCUCGCUAAGCAUGCUGUUUCUGAGGGAACGAAGGCCGUAACCAAGUUCACUAGCUCUUAGAUCUUAAAAUGUAUGCUGAUGUUUUCUAAGUAUUACUCUGUAAUUUCGUUAUGAAUGGAAAUGAAAUCCUUAUUUUGCCAUUGAGGUAUUUGAAA